CACAUUCAGAGUUGCUUCUCCUUCAGAUAACCACCCUCCGCGGUCCCUUAUCCACAUUUCUAUCCGCCCAAAGCAUCCACAAUGGCCGCAGUCUUCUCCGGUGCGCCUCCGCAAGGCGGUCCAGGCUACUCAUUCAAGCAAACCCCCACAGCAGCAUCCGCAUCAGGCGAACGGCAGCACAGCUUCUACCCAUACACCGACAACGGCGGCUCCACGCUGGGCAUCUCCGGCGCCGACUUCACCAUCCUCGCCGGCGACACUCGCUCCACAUCCGGCUACAACAUCAACACACGCUAUGCGCCGAAGCUGUUCAAGAUUGGCGGCGAGGGCCCGGACAACAAGGGCGCGCGGAUAGUCCUCUCGGUGGUCGGGUUCGCGGCCGACGGCGAUGCGCUGAAGGAGCGGCUCGACACCAUUGUCAAGAUGUACAAGUACCAGCACGGCAAGAACAUGAGCGUUGCGGCGUGCGCGCAGCGCCUCAGCCAUAUCCUGUAUGGGAAGCGGUUCUUCCCGUACUACGUCCACGCCAUCCUCGGCGGAUUGGACGAGGAAGGGAAGGGUGCGUUGUACUCGUACGACCCCGUCGGGAGCUACGAGCGCGAACAAUGCCGGGCCGCGGGCGCUGCCGCUUCGCUCAUCAUGCCGUUCCUGGACAACCAGGUCAAUUACAAGAAUCAGUAUGUGCCGGGCAGUGGCGUCGGGCACGAGUUGCAGGCAAGGGAGGCGGUACCGUUACCGAGGACCACCGUGGAGCAGUUGGUCAGGGAUGCGUUUACGAGCGCGGUGGAGAGGCAUAUUGAGGUGGGAGACGGGUUGCAGAUGAUGAUCAUUACCAGGGAGGGGAUCGAGGAGAGAUAUAUGCCGUUGAAGCAGGAUUAGAUGGGGGUUGCAAGGGAGGUGGAGGGAGGGAAGCGGAUGUUGGAUGCGUGGGAAGCGGGAGAGCGAAGGGAGUGUAUUAUGACCCUAGAUGACACUCUAUGAAAGAGCAAGACAUGCUAUGACAUUCUGAAGGUCUCAUGCCCUGCAGUUCAGUGUGCUUCCGAUGAUCAGUACAAGACGAACAGCCCGGUCUUCCUCUCACCGCACGAAGAUGUCCCAUAGUACUGUUCGAAAACCGUCACAAUCAAAACGACUUCCACUGAGAUCGCACAUUAUACAUGAGCCAAGAUGACGGGCAUCCGGGGGAGCAGAUGGUCAAAUGGUAUACCCCGUAUAUCCUACCAUGGUUACACAGUUAUAGCAGAAGUUUUAUGAGCAGAGUGUCAAUUGAUAUCUAUAUAUCUAUGGGU